GGAAGGGCUGGGCUGUGAUGGGCUUGGCCGCGGAUGCAGGCGGGUGGGUUUUGGGUGGGAGUCAGGGGAUCUGCUGCUAUUGGAGCUGAAUGGCACGGUGCGGCUGGCAGCGCCUGGGAAAGAUGCGGAGCUGAGCUGCCCCUCAUCCCUUUCUGCUCUGGGAGGGGUGUCUGCUCUCAGACAUGAGUGACAUGAACAAGAUCCUGCAGAAAUGGGGCGCCAGCCUGAGGAAGGGAACUGACUUUGACUCGUGGGGGCAACUGGUGGAGGCCAUUGAUGAGUAUCAGAUAUUAGCAAGGCAGCUCCAGAAAGAAGCCCAGUCUCCAGCCAACUCCUCUGACUUUACGGAAGAUCAGAAGAAAACCAUUGGAAAGAUCGCAACAUGCCUAGAACUCCGCAGCGCUGCCCUACAGUACACGCAGUCCCAGGAGGGCUUCACGCUGGAGGAUGUAAAGAAACUGGAACCAAUUUUAAGCUCCAUUCUCACCUUCAACAAAGAAUUCCCCUUUGAUGUACAGCCUGUUCCAUUAAGGAGGAUUUUGGCGCCUGGGGAAGAGGAGAAUUUAGAAGUAGAAGAAGAGGAAGAAGAUGGCGGGGCCGGAGUUGGGUCUCCUGAUUUGUUUCCUGCCCGUGUUCCAGGUACGCUCUUACCCAGACUGCCAUCUGAACCCGGAAUGACGUUACUAACAAUUAAAAUUGAGAAGAUUGGCUUGAAAGAUGCGGGACAAUGUAUUGAUCCUUACAUUACUGUUAGUGUAAAGGAUUUAAAUGGAAUCGACUUGACUCCAGUACAAGACACCCCCAUGGCCGUGAGGAAAGAAGAUACUUAUGUCCAUUUUAAUGUUGAAAUUGAAAUCCAGAAACACGUGGAAAAACUUACAAAAGGGGCAGCUAUUUUCUUUGAAUUCAAGCACUACAAACCGAAGAAACGCUUCACCAGCACCAAGUGUUUUGCUUUCAUGGAAAUGGAUGAGAUUAAGUCGGGGCAGAUUGUAAUAGAACUCUACAAGAAACCAACUGACUUUAAAAGGAAGAGACUACAGUUAUUGACAAAGAAGCCGCUCUACCUGCACCUGCUUCAGACUCUGCUCAAGGACUGACCAUGUCUCUGUGUCUUCCUCCAAUGACUCCUUUGUUACUGCAAUACCCACGGGCAGCAGGCGGGGGAGUCACGUCUCCAGAUAAAACCAUCAGGAUAUGGAACAUUUACAUUCAAUUACUUUUCUUUUUUUUUUUUAAAUAAAUAUGUUGCCCGUAUCCCUACGUCGGAAAGUAGCAGAAUCUAAUUGUGGCCUGGGUCCGACCAACAAGCAAUAAUAGACUGAUACAUCCCGACUUUGUCUGCCGCCCUCUGUACAUGACCCAUUAGUGUUAAAGGACUCUGGUGACUGGCUCACUCUUGUAUAUUAUAACACGUAUGAUUUGUGUAUAUAACACGUAUGGUUUAUGUGCCUACAGCAAACGCAUGCUUCCCACGAGGACAUGAAUCAUAUCGGAGAUCAAUUGUGUAUUUACCCAGAACCCCAUUUAAUUCCAGCGCAUGGAACCCCCCCCCCCCCCCGUAUUAGACUUUACAAUGAAAACCACUGGGCUUUUUAUAGGCAGAAAACUAUUUUAUAAAGAUCGAAUUGAAUCCCUUUUAAUCAUAUCUGUGUAAUGUUAUCCUGUCCCUCCCCAAUCCCAAUUCCUUAGCUCCUCAAUGAUUUGUUCUUCCACAGCUCAUUCUAAUGUAUAUUUUAUAUUUCAUCUUCCAUCGCUGCAUUCGGUUUACUGGUAAAGCUGAAUGUCUGGGCAAGUAAUGAUUUCAUAUUUAUCAAUUCUGAUGUUUCCAAUGAGUCUCCAACACAUGAUAAUCAUUCCCAGGGGAUGGGAUCCGUUAUCUGGAAACCCAUUAUCCAGAAAGCUCCGAAUUACGGAAAGGCCGUCUCCCAUAGACUCCAUUUUAUCCAAAUAAUCCACGUUUUAGAAAAUGAUUUCCUUUUUCUCUGUAAUAAUAAAACAGUAGCUUGUACUUGAUCCCAACUAAGAUAUAAUUAAUCCUUAUUGGAAGCAAAACCAGCCUAUUGGCUUUAUUUAAUGUUUACUUGAUUUUCUAGUAGGCUUU